AUGCGACAAAAACCAUCAUUAUACUACCAUCUACUCGAUGAAAUCGAUUAUCUGCUUACCAAUUAUGGUUCCGGUCAAGCCCUACAGGUUUUAUCGGGCUUUAUUACUGCUGUAUUCUUUUUGGACAAUAGCGUCGAAGCCGCCGCCCUUGUCAACCGUUUCACUAGCCAUAUAUCUGCCUCUAAUGCUUCAACAUUUGUACCCCAACUCUAUGAACUCGCGACCGAGAUCUUACGCAACUAUCCGUUACAUAAAGACGAUGUACACUAUUUUUGUUUGGUUGAUUGGCUUGUCUUGCUAAAUACAUAUGCUUUGAUCUGGAACGUGUCAAAGGACGAUAUCAGCAUUGCAAGAUUUUUGUAUACUUUAGUGGAUCGAUUAUUGACUUCAGCAACAGAUGGAUUGCCCAUUGUAUCGCAUUUAAUUCGUCUUGAGCGUAUUAUCAACAACAAAGAAAUCGAAUUCAACUUCGACGUCAUGUGGAUCAGUUUGUCGUAUGCUUUAUUGAAAGUUCAGACCAUUGACGAGCAAAAGGCAAUUGUGCGUGUCAUGAUAAAUAUGCAUCAUUUGGAUGCUGCGAGUAAUAUCAUUCUACGAGUUGCUUAUAUACCAUAUUAUCAAUUAAUGUCAGAAUUAAAUGAUAAGGGGGCCUCAAAGGAUAUGGUAGAAUUCAAAAAGCAAGUACUCAACAUGAUUACAUUUCUCGAUAAUAGUGUAGUACCAUUUGAGAAUGCGGAGGAGCGUUUUAUAAAGGUAAUCCCCAAAAAAAUGUCAAACCUUCGUUUACUUUGUCAUUUGGAGUAUUUGUAUAAAGAAGAACAAGCACCCAUUUUAGACUCGGGAUACAACACAGCGACUGAUUCAGUGCUGACACUGAACUUGAUCUUCAGUGUGCCCUUUGUAUUCUUUGCAGAUAAUGAAUGUUUGAUAUAUUCACGUAUUGCCGAAAUUUCUAGCAUCAUCGGAACAUGUUACAAGUUUCCAAUUUUGCUCUUUUUUCUUCGUCGUUUACAUGCAUCUUCUGGUAAUGCUGUUGUAGUUACUCAUAUUUUAAAGGAUGUGAUACCAACUCUGGUCGACGUGAAUGAUCCCAUCAUUACAAGUAAGGUAUUGCAAGUCAUUCUGACAUCCAUCAACAAUAGUGGAAGCAACGAUUCCGCAAUGGCAAGUCUUGGUGUCAAGGCAUUGGCUCAUACGCAUAAUUUACAACCUCGAGUAUGGCAAGAGCUUAAAAAAGUGUUUGCUGAAUGGGUAUUACGUCGCAAAUCGGGUACAGUUCGACGUCGUAUUGACCUAACCAAGACGGGUCCUAUCAAGAUGGAAUUGACAAUUUUGACAACGAUGCGUGAUGUUUGUAAAAGUCGACCUAGGGAAUGUGCUCCUGAUAUUUUACCAAUGGUUAUUUCUUUGUUGCAAACAUGCCAGGACCUCAGCAUGGCCUCACUUUCGAUCAUGGUAGAUAUUAUCAAUACUUGUGUUCAGACAGGAUUGGUAGAAGCGCGGUCCAUUUGGAAUAUUGCUGUAGUUUAUCUUGCUCAAUUUUCGCUUGAUCAAGGUGUAGAAAAAUCAUCCCUUUUGGUGAAACAACUCUGUCGCUUCUUUUCUAUCGCUGGUGCAAAAGAUGACGUGACAGAAGCUUAUUUACAAUUUAAGGAAUCGUUGUUAAAGGAUUAUAUCUUGCCUUUGAUACAAUCCAACAAUGAAGAUGCUGUAAGCUAUGCAGUCUAUGCAUUAUCCGACUUCCCAGCCCAAGAUAUUUCUGUUAUUUUGCCUGAAAAGGCAAUGGAGUAUGUUUUACAGUGCACUCCUGAUGACGGUAAACCCAACAAGAAUCAGCAUGAAGUACUUAUCACACUCAUGUCAAAUGAAUUGGAUCAUAUGCGUCGUGGGUUGUUUAAGGAGGAGGCGAAACAGCAGCAAAAAAUUGCAGCAUUAGCAGAGGAAAAAGAAAAGGCAGAAGUUACCAACGAAGCUGGAGAGAUAGUAGGUGAACGUGAAAUUGCCAUGGAAACAUCAUUUAUCAACAGCUGGGAAGAAGCCCGUGUUGCUCCUGGUCUCAGAUCAGGAUAUGCAACAGCGAUCCUUCAUAUUCUUGAAAGCGAAAAUGCAACAAUUAUUUACUUAAUCAACCUAGGUCUUGUAAACACGGUUCGAUUAUAUAUCCCAUCUUUUGCCGCUUCUUGUGCAAACGACAUUAUUGAAGUAUUAAUGAAAAACUACAUUGUUCUUUCUGGGUCCCCGCUUUCGCAUUCCGCGCAUUUGAUGAGCGAAGAAGUUCAAUUUGCAGCCAAAUUUGCAUUAGGACAUCUUGCCGGCCUUAUAAUCAGUAAUGAUAAGCUUGCUUCCACUAUCUACAAGGUGUUAAUGGAUUCCGCUACUCACAGCAAUACUAAAUCCAGGAAUAUCGAUACCGCUAUUGAUCUGGUUCAAUUUGCAAGCGGUUAUGCAGCAGGACAUUUUGUCGCCUCUCUUGCCAUGUGGCCUACUGUUACGGAACAAAUUGAAACACUAAAAGACACUGGUAUACACUCCCUAAUUAGCUAUUGUAGUACUCCGGCAUCCCCAGAUAGCCGUGUACUUGGUAUCAUGAUGGGUCUUGCAUCAAAGUUAAAACCUACAAAUAUGGGAGAGGAACUUCAAUUUGCUAUAAGCAAUAUAAAAGCCUAUCUGGACGGCAAAAGUAUUAAUAAGGGUUUAUUAUUUGGUUCGACAUGGCUUGCGGCUGCAGGAGCAUUGAAAGAAAACCAAAUCGAUCUUGAAAUUUCUGGAAUUAUAGAGUCUGUCAUGACAGCUGCUUCCAAUGAUAUAAAUUCUGCGCAACAUUUUUAUCAUUUUUCAGUACCAUACACUCAAAUUCAACUCCAUAGCUUUCUUUAUAGCCCUUCAGAAGAUAGUCAGGCGGAAACCCUUUAUUGGGAUGCAUUUGAACCUUUACUCAAUAGUAUCCAAAACGAUGACGCAUCUAGUAAUUAUCGCAUUGCAAGUCUCUUUUCUUUAGGAAGUCUUUUAGGUGUCAAUUAUUUGAGUUCGGAAGAGGAAACCCAUGUGUAUACUGAAGCCGAGAAAUACCGCUCUGAAUUAAGAUACCGUGGUUUGGAUAGCUUGUGCUUUGUGGCUGGUCUGAACUCUAAAUCAGCUCCUAUUGGCAACCUUAAAAGUGGUCGUAUUGCUGCCGCCAUCUGCGGCAAAGUAAUAGAAACAACAAAAUCUAUGAUCUAUUCCUUGAAGGUUGCUGCAAAUCCACAAGAAGCUUCAGCUGAAAAGAGUACCAUGACAUUAUUAUCAGCUUCAUCUGAGCCAAUCUCUUACAGUCGAUUGAAUAGCAACACAAGUUAUAUACGCGCUGUAUUUGAUAGACUUGUAGUGAUAGCUUCUGAUAGAAAUCAAAUCGACAACAUUAUUAUGCUUUUAAACAGCUUGAUUGGAACACCGGGUCCUUUGCCACCUGUGAAUUGGUUUAGUCUAGUAACCAAAAUCUCUAAGUUAUCAACGCCCGUCCAAGCUUUAUGUCUGUCCUUUGCUUCUACACAUGCAACCACAUCACUCUCUUUGUCCGAAUUCUUACUCACGCAAAUGAUGAGUAUAUUUACUGCAGUUAAAUCAGAGUCAGACAUUGAUAGAUCACUUUGCGAUGUCUUUUUUACUGGAAAAGGUCUUGCUACAGUUUUAGAGUUAUCCGGGUUACCCCGACUUGAAAGUAAGGAGGAAAAGAAGCGACGUGGUAUGAGCGCAGUUAUCAAGCGAAUUACAAUCUCUGAAAGUAGAGCUAUUGAAAUCAUUGAGCUUUUGGGUCAAAAAUAUCAAUACCUGGAUUAUGACACUCAGCAUGCUCUUUUAUCCAACUUCACCGACCAUUUACCCGUAGUCGCAAAUGAAAAUAAGGAAAACUUUGUGUCUAAUAUUCGUGAAAUUAUCAUGCAGUCAAUGACACUUUAUACAUUUGAACAUUCUGACAAACAAAGCUUACGUCAAUCAGGAUAUGAAAAGGUAGUUCGUAAAUUGGUGGAGUGUAGUGUGACAGACAUCAGCAUAUUAUUUCCUACUGGAAGAUUGGACGAUUGGAAGGACACGCCCAGCACGAUGGCUUUUGCUAAAACGACAGCUUUAUGUGAAUUCUAUCGUUCCCACAAAAAACAACCCCUUGUAAAGUACAUGAGUGCGGCAUUAGUUCAUUUGAUCGGCAUGUCUGUAUCUGAAGACGAUACGUUACAAAUUUGGGACGUAAUGGCCGAAACUAUGAGGGAUGAUAAGGAUGAAUAUACAUGGAUGAUCCGGGUCCUGGAUGCAUAUGUUGUUUAUAUUGGUUCAAUGGAUGAUGCGGAAGAAGAUAAUGUUAGUAGCAGUAUCGAACACGGGCUGUACACCAUUUUGGCUGCUUGGAGAAUUGGUUCGCCAAUCGAAUGCUGUCCAAAAACACAAGCAGCAGAAACAGCCUAUUCAUUGGGUACUUUUGUCAGUACCGAACAUACAGCAGAACAAGAGCAGGUUUGUACAUCUGAAACAUAA